CGGAGUCCCCUUCUCAAAUUUUCCCGCUGUUUUGCGCGACGACAGACCGCAAACCGCAAAUAGCGUUUCAAAAAACCCUAACAUGGAUCUCCAUUAACAGUAAUUUCCUGCAACUUCUUCACUCAAGGCCCCAGCUCCAUUAAUGGCUUCUUCAAGCCCAGCAAAAGCUUCACAGCAGUCUCCCGUCUACCAAAUAGGCGGAGUACCAGUGUCCUUUCCAUAUAAACCCUAUGGCCCUCAGCUCGCUUUCAUGAGCAAGGUGAUCGCAACUUUAGACCGAGCUCAUCGUCAUGGCCACUGCCAGGCUCUCUUAGAAUCUCCCACUGGUACUGGAAAGUCUCUAUCUCUCCUCUGUGCUUCUCUCGCAUGGCAAAACGAGUUAAAACUGAAGAAAUGUGGAUCAAAAUUUGCGGAUUCUCGCCCUUCUUUUGAUCCGCCAAGAAGAACAGAUGCUUCUGGUUCAGGUGAAAGUGGAGGAGAUGAAAAUCCAUUUCUUAAUGGUGGGGGUUUUAUUCCUGAACCGGAUCCACCAGUGACAGGGAACUUAGAGCAGGCGUCAACUGGUACCAGUAAUGGGGCAGAGAAAAACCAAAAGAUACCAACUAUUAUCUUUGCCUCGAGGACGCAUUCUCAGAUUAGCCAAGUGAUUAGUGAGUAUCGGAAAACAUCAUACAGGGUUCCAAUGGUGGUUUUGGCAUCGAGGAAACAUUAUUGCACCAACAAAUAUAUCUGUCAAAAGGAAAAUGUUGAUGAGGAGUGUAAAUUGCUCAUAAAGAAAUCCGAGGUUGCAUGUUCUGAGUUCAGAAAUGUAAAAGGAGUUCUUGCUGAUCCUUCUCUUCAGAAAGGUGGCUCUCUUGAGGUGCACGAUAUCGAGGAUUUGGUCAAACUUGGUAAAAAACAAAAAGGUUGUUCAUAUUUCGCAGCUCGUACCAUGGUAGGGAAUGCUCAAAUAGUAUUUUCUCCAUACAGCUAUAUCUUAAAUCCAAUCAUCCGGAGAGCGAUGGAAAUUGAUCUUAAGGGAUCUAUCGUGAUUCUUGACGAAGCUCACAACAUAGAGGAUAUGGCUCGGGAAGCUGGUAGUCUGGAUGUUGAAGAAGAGAUUCUAGACACCUUGCUGAAGGAGUUAGAACAGUUGAUCAUAAUUGAAGGUGUUGCAUCUAUUUAUCAGCCUUUGUUUGACAUGGUUCAGGGAUUGAUCACUUGGAUUAUUGAGAGGAAAUCUAACUUGGAGAAACAUGAAUUUGAGCACCACUACUCAUGUUGGACUGGUGAUAAGGCCUUGAGGGAGCUUCAGGUAGCUGGUGUUACUCAACAAUGCUUCCCGAUCUUGCAAGAUUGUGCUGCAAAGGCAAUUAGGGCAGCGGCUGAGAUGGAAGGAGUUCAUUUGAGUGGCAUGUCAGCUGCAACACUUGAAGGCCUAUUUUCCUCACUUGGUUAUAUUUUCUCUGAUAAUGGUAAUCAGGCUUCGGACUACCAACUAGUCGUGCAACGCUUUGUUAAAAGAGAUGCCAGCUUUGUUGCAAGUGGUUGGACUCAUUCAUUUUGUCUUUGGUGCCUUAGUCCUGCAGUGGUCUUUAGAGAAAUAGCUGAUCUUUGUUUGUCUGUUAUUCUUACCUCUGGAACCCUUUCGCCUAUGAGUUCCUUUGCAUCUGAACUUGGAAUACCAUUUGAAAUAUCCAUUGAAGCUCAACAUGUGAUUGACAUGGAGUCUCAGCUUUGGGCUGCUGUGAUCUCUCAUGGCCCAGGGAAGAUGUGUUUGAAUGCUAGUUAUAAAACAUCGGAUGAUUUUGCUUUUCAGGAUUCACUUGGUUCUUCCUUAGAAGAGAUAUGUAAGAUAGUCCCUGGUGGUGUUCUCAUAUUCUUCCCCAGCUAUAAGAUGCUGGACAAGCUCAGUAGCCGAUGGAGUCAAACCGGUCAAUGGUCUCGACUGAAUGCAAUAAAACCUCUAUUUGUUGAGCCAAGAGGAAGUCAAGAUGACUUUCAUUCUGUUCUCAAGGGCUAUUAUGAUUCAAUUCGUGGAUUCGAAAGAGUUGUACCUAGGAAGCUAAAAAAGGGUCACAACAGACAAUUUCAAUUUUCUCAUGAGUAUGUUUCAAAUCCCCAGAAGGGAGGAGCUGCCUUUCUUGCAGUUUGUCGAGGCAAGGUCUCUGAAGGGAUUAAUUUUUCUGAUGAAAAUGCUCGGGCGGUUAUUAUUAUUGGCAUUCCAUUUCCCAACAAAAGUGACAUCAAAGUGGUGCUGAAGAAGAGUUAUAAUGAUAAAUACAGAAAUUCAAAAAAGCUUCUCCCUGGAAAUGAGUGGUAUUGCCAGCAGGCAUUUCGUGCUCUGAAUCAGGCUGCAGGACGUUGUAUACGGCAUAGAUUUGACCAUGGGGCCGUCAUUUUACUUGAUGAAAGAUUGAAAAGAGAAGGGAAUUUAAACUAUAUCUCAAAAUGGUUGAGGAAGUCAAUCAGGCGAUAUGACAGCUUUGAGAAUUCACUUGAGGGACUUCAGCACUUUUUUUUAAAUGUUGAGGAGCAGGUGCACAGAAGGCAUGCAGUUGCUAGAAAUGCUGAGAUCGUAACUUGUGUCAUAGAUGAUGAAGAUUCAUCUCCUUUGACAUCAUAUGCUGCAACUAAGAAAAAGCCGAGGACGAAAAACAAGGAAUCUGAUGACCUAAGUAAUCACAAUGGAAGUGGUAGCAGUUUUGAUCCAAAGACAUCAAGGACUAGUAACAAGGAAGGCAUUAAGGAAUCAAACACAAAAACUGGCAAUUUGGGCAAAUUCUUGACCGAUCUGAAGAAUGAUGUUGUCUCUUUUUUUCAAUUAAAUGAAAACAGCAAAGUUGAGGCCCCAGAACAAUUUCACGAAGAUGAAAAGGCUAAGAAUAGCUCCAACGAAUAUCAUAGUCUCCAUAGCAAUUCUGAGUGCUUUGAUGCUGCUUAUGUGGUGUCACAUUUUGACAGCCCAGAUCAGUCUACAAUCACAGAAAAUCUAGCUGAAUCAAAUUCUACCACUUGUCCCAUUCAUACUGUCAAGGUUGAAAAUAUCGAUACGGAUACAGUUCAUGCUUCAAAGCAGUCAAACCAAAUGCCAUACAAAUCAAUCCCUCAAACAAUUUCAUGUGAUGUUCCUUCUUGUAAUCCAUAUUCUUUUUGUGUUACACCAGAAAGAAAAGUGGAUGAGAACUGCAUUCCUGACGAAAACAUGGAACCAUCCUCUGUUAAUAUGAGUGUGAAUUUUCAGAGCCACAAAAGGAAAACCCCGUUGAGUUUGAAUUUGGAUAGACACAUUCAAAUGGAGCUCUUUAGAUCCACAGAUUCAAGUUCUUAUCCAGCUGAUCAUUUCCAAGAGAGCAUCACAGGUGCCAAACUGAUAAAUUUAUCCCAAAAUGAAGGGUCUCAUUUUUCUGAGAGUUUCAAUAAUGUUAGUGAUGGUUCUACCACCAUAGAAGCCUGCCUUCUGUGCAGGGUAUGUAAAACUGAAUUGGGGUUGGUCGAGAAGCAGUGCCUUGUCAGUUGCUCAUUCAUUUCAUCUACUAAAUCCUAUGUCGCAUCCCUUCUUCCAAAUGAAUCUACCCAAACCCAUGAACAAAAAUCUAUUGCUAAGGAUGCACAAAAAAAUGUACAGGUCAUUAUUUGUGAUGUUUUAUCAAUUGAUCACAGACUGCACCAGAGCUGUGCCAGUGAAGUUGAUUUGCCCCAUGGUGUUUGGUGUGAAGAAGAUGGCUGUGUAUUUAGGACUGUGCUUUGUCCUUUCUGUAAUGGCUCUGAAACUUGUCUUGGUGUACUGAUCUUAGCCACUGAUGCAUCAAACACUAAGUUGCUAAAUAAGGUCCAUUUGCAGGUCUUGUUUUAUGCCGACUGUGUGGAUGUCAAGAUGCCUGAAAUGGCUGCUGAGGUAUGUUGAGGUCUGCAUGUAAUCAUAAAUUAGUUGACUAGGAAAUCGAAACUAAAGAACAACUGUGAUCCAGUUACCCACUUAACUGAGAAGAUAUGUUGCUCCUGUGGGAGCAUACUGUCCGUGUGCUCCGUUGAGCAAAACCUAAGCUAAGAGUACUAUUUGGACUCCAAAUUUUGGGAUGUAACCUCUUUAACCUAUCGACCAAACCCAAAAGAAGAAAACUUCAUAUCACACAUUCUGUGUGCUUUAAAAAAAUAAUGCCAAAAAAUUCUACUGGGGGCAAUCCAAUCUUUGGAGGGCAAGAUCUAAGUGA